CACAUUCAAUCAGCAAUGAACUCAAGACGAGACUUAAUACAACUCAUUCAGUCAAGAACCAAUGUUAUCAACAAAAUUAGCAAGCAGCGGAACGCAGAACAUGCAAGUUUGAUUGCUCAUCAACUCAAAAACAUCAAGAACAACAAACACGGAAUCUCAACUCUCACUAAGCAUAAGAGUGCACAAGGCGAUACCAUCUCGUUGUCAACAAGUUUCCACAACAGCAUCAUCAAGUUUACAGCUGGCACCAAGCUUAAGCUGUCGAAGGUGGGCAACUGUGCCAAUAUGAAGCAGUUCGGGUCCAAGAUGUUGUCGAAAACUCCUCGAAACAACAGAGACAAAGGCAGACAUGACCACAGCUGUUACAACCAAGAACACAGAGUCCAGAAAGCUUACAUUGUGAGGAAGCAGCUUCACAAAGACAAGUCAUCCAAAAUAAAUUUUAACAAGCCAGCGAGUGAUGAGGACCUGAGCACAUUGAUCUCGAGCAGCCACAUUGCGACGCCGAGAACUCCCAGAGGCAAGACUUGCUACACUCCGAAUUUGAAGAACACUCGUGGAAGUAUGCAAUGACUCACAUUUAGAAAGACGCAAGUUCGGAAACUUUGGCUGCAAGAAACCGCCUUCGCCUUCGAGAGGACCCAAACAGGUCUUGAAAGACAGCUCAACGCAGAAAGGAAGUAAGAAGAGCUGGAAGUCAAGGAACUGAAACAAGUAUUCUCCGAUGUUCAUCCACACGGUUUAUGGGGACCAAGAGGCAGAGUCGAGAGUUGUAAAGACAAAUAAUUUUGUGGCCUCGAGAACAAGGAAUCCUGCAAAAACUCAAUACUCAUGUGGAAGGAUAACAGAGGUUAGCUCUAAAGAUUUGAAUGCAAAAGAGCCUUCAACUCCUUGUCAAAACAAAAUUACCUUAAAAAUGAAAGAAAAGAAUCUUAUAUUAAAAUAAUCCUGCCUCAAGAAAAGCAAGAUUGAAUCACCACAUGAAAGAGAAUAAACAAGAAGAUAAGUUUGAAAUGACCAUAAAUAAAGAGGUAGAUAUACACUUCAGUCCAUUUUAA